UGAUACAACACCAUCGUUACUUUAAUUCCCAGCUCUCCUGACUUCUCCAAUCACAUCACUGUUUUUCACCAGUCACCACUUACACUUCCACUCCAUUGAAACCCGCGCAAAUUCAAACUAUUUUCAUUAUCCCCAGUGUUCAUUUUCCGAGUGAGAGAGAGACUGAGAUUCCCAAAAUGAAGAGAGGGCAGAGGAAGAACAAACCAAAACAACUCAAACUCUCACUCACUAGACCUCUCAAACAGCCUAUUCUUACCCAGGUCUCUCUCCUCGAUCGUCAAAAUCAGCAACAACAACAACAAAAUCAGCAGCAAAAACAACAACAAAAUCAGCUGUUCCAAAAAAACCCACCUCAAAUCAUAUCCACAAUCAACAAUGGCAAACCCUCUCGACUUCAAAAGGAUAUCGAAUCUGAUUGUCGCCAUACCCACUUCCCCAAAUUCUCCAAACUUGACGCCGAUGUCUCCGAUGUCGGUUGUUCCGAAAUCCUUAGUCAAGAUUUCUUUUGCACACCUGACUACAUUACCCCGGAAUGUCAAAAUUUUCUCAACAAUCUAGAUGACAAGGAAUGUAUUUCUUGCCCAUCUUCGCCGGAGAAGUUGAAGAUGGUUAAGAGUAAAAGAUUUAAGCAAGAUGGCAGCUUUGUAACAUCUCCAGCUUCUAUGAUGGAUAAUCAGCAGACAGUGGAAUCUUCAAAAGAUACUCCUUACACGAAUGAAAACAAGACUGGAAAAACCACACCUACUGUAUUAGGGAAAGGUUCCAGUUAUGUCCCACAGUCAGCAAUUGCUUUGCGCUGCCGUGUUAUGCCACCACCCUGUUUAAAGAACCCUUUUACAAAAGAUGCUGUUGAAACGGAUGUGGAUCCUUUUGAAAGUUGGAGAACAAAAUGCUCAGGUUAUCUUUCUGCAUUGACCGGUGCUGACAGCAUGUCACGUUAUCGUACAGACUUCCAAGAAAUUGAGCAAAUUGGAAAUGGGAACUUUAGCCGUGUUUAUAAGGUCUUGAAGAGAAUUGAUGGUUGCAUGUAUGCUGUAAAACACAGCACUAGACAAUUGUGCCAAGACACGGAAAGAAGGAAAGCUCUGAUGGAAGUUCAGGCACUGGCAGCUUUAGGUUUCCAUCAAAACAUAGUAGCCUAUCACACUUCUUGGUUUGAAUAUGAGCAACUAUACAUACAAAUGGAGCUUUGUGAUCAUAGCCUUUCCACCUACAAUUCAUCUUGCUCACUUACCGAAGAAGAAGUUUUGGUGGCUUUCUGCCAGAUCGGCAGAGCAUUGGAAUAUAUACAUGGAAGAGGCAUUGCUCAUCUAGAUGUAAAGCCAGAGAACAUAUAUGUCAGGAACGGUGUGUACAAGCUUGGGGACUUUGGUUGCGCCACACUGCUAGAUAAAAGUCUUCCGAUUGAAGAAGGUGAUGCACGCUAUAUGCCUCAAGAAAUUUUGAACGAGAAGUAUGAUCAUCUUGACAAAGUUGAUAUUUUUUCGCUGGGGGUUUCCAUAUAUGAGCUUUUGCGAGGGUCAUCAUUGCCAGAUGCAGGUCAUCAGCGUUUGAGGGAGGGGAAACUACCUCUGCUUCCAAGCAAUUCCGUGCAAUUACAGAAGUUACUCAAGGUCAUGGUGGAUCCAGAUCCAAUAAGGCGGCCUUCUGCUAAAGAUUUGGUAGAAAACCCAAUUUUUUCCAAAAUCUUGUGAAUCAGGGAAUCCAAGUAUAUAUUUUUUGACUGGUUGAGGCUUCUCAUAAGCUCUGUUGAAAGAAGGCCGAUCACAUUUAACACCCCCAAAGUUUCAGCCGUGAAUAGAGUCCAAAACUACUAAAUUAUGAAUCUGAUUGAAGUGUCAUAUAUCUAAUGUUGGUUGCACCAAUUUCUUUUUCACAUAUAUGGUGCACAUUUUGUAAAUUCAUCAAAAAUGGUGAAGUUUAUAUCAAGGGGUGUCUGUAAUGUUUGUAUUUUUGGGUUGGCUUUGUAGAGUGGUUUAACCAUUAAUCCAAAUAUCCUAUAAGUGAAUUGAUUAUAAAUUAACAUAA